AAAAAUGUUUUUUAGAUCUACUAAUAUUUUUAUUCAUUUUUUAUCUAUUUAUUUUAAGAAGUUAAUUCGAAAUAUUUUGUUUCCUUUUAUGAAAAAGACUACAUUUAGUAUGCUAAUUUUUGAUUUUUUGGUGAAUCUAAAGGUUCACUAUAGGGGUGAACCCAAGUCUUUCUCUAGAUUAAAACCCAAAGUUUUAUAGUCCUAAGCUCCUAAAAGAAAUUAAAUAUACAGUUCUGAAAUUAAAUUGUUCCUGGUGAUAAAAUUAUUUCUUGGCCACCGAAUCACUCUUCAAAUAUUUCUUUUCAAAAAAAAAAAAAAUUGCCUCCAACUCAGCAUAUGUGAUCUAUAUAAUCAUCUAACUGGUCUCUACUACUCCAUCAGUUUAUUAAAGAAGAGAUAGAUAAGAGCAGCACGUUAGCGAGUUAGGGAGAGAAUAGAGACUAAGAGUGGGAGACUAGGAUAAGACACGUUUGAUUACUAAUCAUGGGUUUUAUCGAUGGAAAAUCGGCACCGGUGAUAAUAAUGAUUAUCGUGAUUAACAUGAUUAACGGGUUGGUUAACGCUUUGACUAAGAAAGUUCUUGAUGGAGGCAUUAAUCAUAUGAUUAUUGCUACCUAUCGUUUGGGUAUUUCUACAUUUUUUCUUCUUCCGAUCGCUUAUUUUUGGGAACGGAAUACAAGGCCGAAGCUAACAACAAGCAUCUCGUUUCAGCUUUUCGUCAGUGGCCUUUUUGGGGCGAGUUUGAUGCAAUAUUUCUACUUGCUUGGCCUCAGCUACACUUCUGCCACCUUGGGAUCUGCUUUCUGGGGCACAUUGCCUGCUAUAACUUUCAUUCUGGCAUUAAUAUUUAGAUUCGAAAAGCUAAGUGUGAAAACAAAGGCAGGGUACGGCGUCGUACUUGGAGCUAUGAUAAGCUUAGCUGGAGCUUUAAUUCUUACGUUGUACCAAGGCAUUCCAUUAUCGAACCCUCACGAACACGCAACGAUUUCACACAUCCAAAAAGGACAUGAGAACUGGAUCAAAGGCUGUUUUCUUUUAUCCUUAGGAGUUAUAUUUUUCAGUUCAUGGAUGCUUAUACAAGCCAAGGUCAACGUGAGCUACCCGUGUCCAUACUCAGGUACGGUCAUUUUAUCGGUCUUUGGGACGCUUCAGUGUGCUCUUCUUAGCUUGAUCAAGACUAGACAUGUGGAAGAUUGGAUUCUCAGAGACAAACUCACCAUCAUCACCGUCAUUAUAGCGGGUGUGGGUGCACAAGGAAUGUGUACGGUGGGAAUAUCAUGGUGCAUCAAACAACGUGGACCUGUCUUUACAUCAGCAUUCAGUCCUGUCACACUUAUGUUCGCAACCGUUUUCGAUUUCUUGAUACUUCAUCGUAUUAUUUAUUUGGGAAGUGUUAUUGGAUCUGUAGUAGUUAUUAUCGGUUUAUACAUAUUUUUAUGGAGUAAGAGAAAACAAAUAGAUAUCAGUAAAAUCACUAAGUUGCCUACUACUACAGUAAAGGAAGGAAAGGAAGAAGAAGACCAUACAAAUGUUAACAAUUAGGUUGUCUUUUAGUUAUCCCAUGAGUACUUUAUCUACUUUCCUAAACCCUUUUUUUUUGUCCAGAAAGAUCGAUAUGACCUACGAAUCAACUAUGAAGAAGAUAUGAAAGUGGUCAUUUGAUUGUUAUUGAAGUAUAUUAUCGCGUGUGUUGCAGUGUUAACCUUUUGGAUUUUACUUUCCAGUGACUUAAUCUGGAUAUUGUAAUUUUUAUAAAAAAAUUAAUAUUUCUUUGGACAAUUUUCAA